AUAAUACCAAGAAAACUACUUUUAUUUAUUUUCAACUCAGAGUAUUAGUGCUAUGCAACUAUGGAUCCACUGUGCUGUCAUUUGCCUGUUUGGAAUAAGUCUACACGCAGGGCAUGCCAAGAUAUUGGGUUCAGGAUCCUGUUUAGCAGCAAGUAUAGAACAGGUUGACUGGUGCCCUCGUACUAAGUAUGAUUGGGAGCUACAAGCAAGGAGAAAAAAAAAAAAUGUUCAAAUAUAGUUCUGCCAUGUUUCAAAUAUAAUCUGUUAUAUCACUGUCUGAUCAACACAUGGCAGAACCGAAUGUACUCCGUUUGUGCAGCACCGGAUAAUAUUCUAGAUUAUCAUUGUGCUGAAUUUAAUAUGAAAGGAAACAGAGUACAGCCGAAUUACGAUACGGAUUGUAGAAACUUUUCUAAACCGUGUCCCUUCAAGUAUCCCUCAACGUUAGCUUAUAAAUAUCAGGGGUGUUAUAAAUUGGUCCAUCAGGCAGUUCUUCAAAAUGAAGCAUCUGAUUCAACUAUGACCACAGAAAAUAACAAAGACCUAAUCAGCAAAAACAGAAUUCAAAGGUUGCCUGUCUGCAAUAUGAGAACAGUUAUUAUCCUUCUAUUCGUCGCCUUUCUUUGGGAUGUGUGAAUUUCACCAAAAAUGAAUGUCCUUGUAUCUUACGUACACAGAGAGCAAACAUUGUUUUUUAUCCUUUAAAACUAAAAACACAAUAGUUAUUGUUUUUAAAUAAAAGUUUUUUUAAUCAUAUAUUUAAAACAAACCACCCUUGUUUCUUUGUUAAUGUAUCACAUGAAUAAAUAUUCAUAAUUUAGAUGUGAUCCCUCAUCAUAUAAUCAUGGUAUUUAUCUUAAUUUAUUACCGUAGC